AUGAGAUUGUACAAGAUCCGACAACAGGACUUAUCGGCUACCGUUCGGUUCGCAGAGGUCGCCACAUGUGUCGGAGCUCGUAGCGCGGGGUGGCGAGAGGUGGCUCUGGCUACAUAUAAAGUGGCAACACACAGGCACGCUGUUAACGCCGCCCGGGCUUAUUGUCUGCGGUCACGCGACGAGCCGUUUAGCCGCGCGCGCCGCCGCCCGGUUAACCGGAAGGGGGGCGGAAACGGGGGAAAUAGAUAA